GGAAGAAAAUGCCCUCCUCGAUCCCCGCCCAUUCCUCUCCCAGAGGACACCCACUUCAGUUGCUAUCCCUGUAAACCACCAAAGAGGAACCCCUCUGACCUUUUUUUGUUUUGGUGGAAAUUUCUUCCGAAUCUAAAUCCAAUCACUCGCCAACUUGCUGACCCACUCGCUAACGGCUGGUGGUAGCAAGUAACUUUUGGAAUGCUUGGCCCGCUUCCCUUCACGCAGUGGUUUCCCCUCUUCACUUGCAUCUUCUUACCUCUUCGCUUUGGACUGUUAAAUCCACCAUUUCAUCCUUUGUGUUUUUUCUUUUUUAAAUUAAAUUCUCCUUCCCUCCUUCUUCUAAAAUUCUAAAUAGACUAAUGCCAACUCUUUUGCUUUAACACACAUCCUCUAAUCCCCAAAAAGUGGCAGAGUAAAGCGUCUCCUUGGAAAGUAACCUUCUUUUUCAUUUUCCAGCUAAUUUGCUAGAUCUGCUGCCUUAAACCGUCUCACUCUUCUAAAAUCUGGAAUUUUAAGCUUGGGUUUUCCAGGUUAUAGGAGUGUUAUGGAUAUCAAGACUCGUCUUAAUGAAGAUUUCUAGCAGGGUAUGUUCAUGGGGUUUUCAAGAUUCAACAUAACCAGGAAUUGGUCAAGUAUAACUUUGGCCUGAUUGGAAGUGCUUAAUUAGGCGAGCUUUUUAAUUCAACUACGUCUUUGUUUUAAUGGAUAAACCUGAAGGUUUAUGCGCAGAUAGCUCACUGUAUCUGAAGAUUUGGGGGUUUAGUUCUUUUCUAUGAAAAAGCACAUUUUCAAUAGAGAUUAGGAAUAGUAAUUCCUGGUGCAGGUUAAACUGUUUAUCUAUUUAUUUACUUCUUGGGGCUCUCAAGAUGAUUCAGUUGCUGUAUUUGGUUCUUUUUGCUGAGGGCUUGGUAGCAUUUCUUUUAGUGGUAAAGAUUGGGCCAUUAAGAGAGCUGGUAAUGAAGGGUUUAGAUCAGGUGAAGAUGAGAAAGGGCACCGUUUUAACUAUUGCUGGUACUUUUGCUGCCAUUCUUCUUUCAAACUUCUUCAGCAUUGUCAAGAUUCAGAACAAGGGUGCUAAGCUUGGUACCAUGUCACCAAUGGAUCAAGUGCUUUGGAGGACCAACUUGCUUGAGGCUUCUCUCAUGGGGUUCUGUUUGUUCCUUGGAUUUUUAAUUGACCGUAUGCACCAUUACCUCCGAAAAUUGAUUGGAUUGAGAAGUACAGCUGGAGCUUUGAGAAAAGAAAAUGAAAGGCUUGAAAAAGAUAAGCUGCAGCUUAAAGAGAAGGCCGAGAAAGCUGAUGAGGAAAGAAAGGUAAUGAAGAAAGAGAUCUCUAACUUGACAGAGAACUUAAACAAGCUUAAGAUGGAGUCUGCUGAGAAGGACAAGAAGGUUGAAACUGCAGAAGCUCAUGUUGCUGCUCUUCAAAAACAAGCCGCUGAUCUACUUCUGGAAUAUGACCGUCUUCUAGAGGAUAACCAAAAUCUUCAAAACCAAGCAGUAGGAUACCGUGGUUGAGAGAUCAGCUUCUAGCAGUUCAAAUUUGGAAAUUUUGGCUUUCAAAGUUGAUAUUGCCCAUAUAUCAAGUGAACACGAAAGCAUCAUGCCUUGUCUGAGGAAAAAGUUUUGUUGGCGGAAUAGAGUAUACUCCUUCCCAAUUCUUCAAAAGUUUUGCACUUACUGUCGGAUACUAUGAUGCUUCAUCAUAGGAUGUUCUUUCGCAAAACCAGAUUGUCAAUAUUUAUUAAAUUGACUUGGCCAUUCCUUUGAAAAUGCAUUCUAUAACCUUUCAUAUGAUUCAAGCAAGUCUCUAGUAAGUCUUGAAAACUUUAGCUGGAAUGCGUCGUUUCUCUUUUAGUGUGAGGAACUCUUUACUGCU